UCAAGAUGGCGCAGCUGCCGCUGCGGAAGGGUGGGCGGCGGCGCCGGCGAGCCUUCCGAAGGCCUCAGGCAGGACAGUCUGUACACUCCACUCCAUCUCUCACGGCUCCCUGUCCCGGCCCAUGAACUUGCGACUCGCCUCGAUUUGGCGAGAUCAGGUGUUUCUAAUCGGGCGCGCGGUGGACAGCCGCUCCCCGGGGCCUUGCGGCGGCGUCCCAGGGGCCUCUUGGGGCCUCGGAGCAAGAUGGCGGCGGCGGGGUCCGUGAAGCGCGGACGGCGGCGACCGCGGUGCCCGUGAGGGACCGGGAGCCUGGGCGGCUCCCGGCCGGGGCCUCGCCGCGGGACGGACCAUGCUACGCUCCACAGGCUUCUUCCGGGCCAUCGACUGCCCUUAUUGGUCUGGGGCGCCCGGGGGUCCAUGCCGGCGGCCCUACUGCCACUUCCGGCACCGCGGGGCCCGGGGCCCGGGCGCGCCCGGCGGCGGCGGAGCGGCGUCCCCCGCAGCAGGGCUUUGUUAUGACCCGUACAACCCUGAGCUGCCGAAGCUCCCGGCACAGAGGGAGAAUGGUGUCCUGGGCAGAGGGGACGAGCCCCACUCAGACAUCCUGGAGCUGGAGCUGGUCAACCAGGCCAUUGAGGCUGUGCGCUCUGAGGUGGAGAUAGAACAGCGGCGGUACCAGGAGCUCUUGGAGACGGCCCGUGAACACGUCUCUCCUGAGGUCCCUGCUCUGGCGCCCCAUGGCUCUACCACCAGCCUGGACGAGGACACCUUUCCUCUGUCCUUUGAUUACAACCCUGGUGGCCGAGGCCUGCUAAGCCCCAAUGCCAGCUACCAGCCCACUCCCCUUGGCACCCCUGCUGAGCUGGGCAGCAAGUACUUGCUGGCCUCUUUGGACCCAGCUCAGAGCCAUGGCGGAGGGGGCAGUGGUGCCUUGGAGUACAUCCCCAAGGCUGUGAGUCAGCCUCGGCGGUAUAGCCGCCCAGUCUCUAGCAGCAAGUACGUGGUAGAUGAUUCCAAGCCAUCCACUGACCUAGAGUAUGACCCACUGUCUAACUUUUCUGCUCGGCUGCUCAGCAGGGCCAGCUCCAAGGAUGACCGGGCCCCCAAGCGUCCCCGGGGCUCCCGUGGCAACAGUGAGCCCUACACACCCGCACUAAAGAAGCCCUGUGACCCCUUCAGUGGCUGCGAUGCCAGGUUCUCUGACUCAGAUGAUGAUGCUGCCACAGCUAUAGGGGACAGGCCUGCCAGUGCCAGCCCUCUGAGGGCCCAGGCAGCAGCUGAGAGCAAGGGCCCCAACAAGCCAGGCUCCAGGAAGGGCCAGGAGCCCGAGGAGGGUGGCCUUCGGGAGACCAAGGAGAUGGCCGUGCAGUACGAUGUGGGGGACCUCAGGCAGCCUCCCAAAGGCCUCGAUGGGGCAUGUCCAGCCAAGUCUGGUUCCCAGUCAGCCAUGACCUCACAAGAGUGCAGUGGCCCCAAGAAGGGAAGACCCAAGAAGAAGAAAGGUGGGGUGCUGCCAGCCCCUGGACCCACGGACAGUAUCCGGAAAACAGACAGGGGUAAGGAUGGAGAGCACAGGAGGCCAGCUGUGAAGCCACAUACAAACAAGAGGAGCUCACAGGCUGGCAGUGUCCAGCGCAGGGCAGAGCGGCCCCAAGGGACCAAGAAAAAGCCAUCCCUGGCAACCUCAGUGGCCAGCUCAGGAAAAGGCAUGAAUGACCAGCUGCGGCCACAGCCAAGCCCCAGCCCCACUCGUGGAGAUGCCCCUCAGUUGCCGGACAAGAUGGGUGGGAAGUCCUCACCUGGGAAGUUGGUAGAGCGGAAGGCCCACUCGCUGGAUGAGGGCACCUCCCAGACAGCCCCCAAGCUGCAGAGGCGAACCCUGAGCCAUGCAGACCUCUUUGGGGAUGAGAGUGAGGAUGAGGACCCAGGGCCCAUGGCACCUGGACCGUAUCCCCCUGCCCUCCCCAGCCUCAGCUCCAGCUCGGACUCUGACUCGGACUCUAGUCUGGGCCUCUCAGCCACGCAGGGGCCGCACAAACGCCUCAAGGCUUCCCCACACUCCUCGCCUUGCCGGGCCGCUGCCGCUGCCGCUGCCUCCUCCUCUUCCUCCUCCUCCUCUUCCUCUGGGGCAGGCACAGAUGUGGACUACUCUGCCUUGGAGAAGGAGGUCGACUUUGACUCUGACCCCAUGGAGGAGUGCUUGCGAAUUUUCAAUGAAUCCACCUGUGUCAAGACCGAGGACAGGGGCCGGUUGGCCCGGCAGCCCCCGAAAGAAGAGAAGGUGGAGAACAAGGAACAGUUGGGUCUGACCACUCUGUUCCCUGGGCAAAAGAGGAGGAUCUCUCAUCUCUCCAAGCAAGGCAGAGAGCCAGAGCCCGUGAGGAGAGGCCCGCUGCCCCCCACCCGGCUUCCCACUGCCCAGGAGGUGUGCUAUCGGCGGGCUCAGCAGGCACAGAGGGAGUCAGCUAGCUGGCUUCAGGCUGCUCAGCGGCCACCCGAGAAGCCGUCCUCCAUUCACAUUGCAGUUCCUGGAGAGAAGAGGAGGAUUGCCCACGUCCCCAACCCCAGCCUGGCCACAGGUGCCAAGAGGACCCUUGCAGCCAGCAGCAGCCAGCCUCCCAAUGGCCUUGAGCUGGGCAGCCAGCCCCUGAAGACGCGCACGCUGUCAGGCAUGGCUUCCAAGACCACCAGCACCAUCACCCCCAAGCGCGUUGCGCACAGCCCAUCUUUACAGAGUUUAAAGAAGCCCGUUAUUCCAAAAGAGUUUGGGGGCAAAGUCCCCACCGUCAUCCGUCAACGAUAUCUCAACCUGUUUAUUGAGGAAUGUCUCAAGUUCUGCUCCUCCAACCAGGAAGCCAUAGAGAAGGCGCUAAACGAGGAGAAGGUGGCCUAUGACCGCAGCCCCAGCAAGAACAUCUACCUGAAUGUAGCUGUGAACACCCUCAAGAAGCUGCGGGGCCUGGUCCCUAGCACUGUGCCUGGUCUCAGCAAAAGCAGUGGCCGGAGGGUUGUGUCCCAUGAGGUGGUGCUGGGGGGCAAGUUGGCCGCCAAGACCAGCUUCUCACUCAGCCGCCCAAGCAGCCCCCGUGUGGAGGAUCUGAAAGGGGCUGCCCUGUAUGACCGCCUCAAGGACUACCUGCUCACCGAGGACCAGCUCAAGGAGAACGGCUACCCCUUCCCGCACCCCAAGAGGCCGGGGGGCGCUGUCAUCUUCACCGCCGAGGAGAAGCCGCCCAAAGACUCCUCCUGCCGGGUCUGCUGCCGCUGUGGCACCGAGUACCUCGUGUCCCCCUCGGGCCGGUGUGUGCGUGAGGAAGAGUGUUACUACCACUGGGGGCGGCUCCGCCGGAACCGAGCGGCUGGUGGCUGGGAGACUCAGUACAUGUGCUGCUCAGCUGCCAUUGGCUCUACUGGCUGCCAGGUCGCCAAGCAACAUGUGCAGGAUGGCCGCAAGGAAAACCUGGAAGGGUUCAUGAAGACCUUUGAUAAAGAGCUUCCAGAAGAUGCUCAUCCUGGAAUCUAUGCCCUUGACUGUGAAAUGUCCUACACCACAUACGGCCUGGAGCUGACACGUGUCACGGUGGUGGACACUGACAUGCAGGUUGUUUAUGACACCUUUGUCAAGCCGGACAACGAGAUUGUCGACUACAACACAAGGUUUUCUGGGGUGACUGAGGCUGACCUUGCCGACACAAACAUCUCACUCCGGGACGUCCAGGCCGUCCUCCUGAGCAUGUUCAAUGCCAAUACCAUCCUCAUUGGACACAGCCUAGAGAGCGACCUGCUGGCCUUGAAGGUCAUCCACAGCACUGUGGUGGACACAUCUGUGCUCUUCCCACACCGCCUGGGCCUCCCCUACAAGCGCUCCCUGCGGAAUCUCAUGGCUGACUACCUCAGACAGAUCAUCCAGGACAACGUGGAUGGGCACAGCUCCAGUGAGGACGCCAGUGCCUGCAUGCACCUGGUGAUCUGGAAGAUUCGAGAAGACGCCAAGACCAAGCGGUGACCGCCGCCUGCCCACCUGCCCUCCCGCUUCCUGCCUCCUGCUGCCCUGGCCUGUCCUCUAGCCCCAGGCUUCUUCCAAAACAGUGCAAUAAAUCUUGAGAGCUAACCCUGUCCAUGUCACCAAGACAUGGGAAUGGAGAGCAUGGGAGGAGCCAAAUGGCACCCAAGACCCAGCUCAAGACAUACAUGGAGCCCCAGUCCAUGUGGUCCCUUGGGCCCUCCCUGCCUCUGCCCCAGACUGGUAUCAUUUGGAAUCUGCUGCUGCUGACAGCGGAGGCUGGGACCACCUACCUGGCACACCAGUCAGGCCCUGCUUUUGUCCCCAGCAGUGACCUUUGUAGGCUGACCACCUACUCCUCCCCCCUCACCUGCCAGUAUCCAGUGGGCUGGGUGGGCUUGUCACAGGUUUGUUUGGACAGGGGUUAUCUUUUUUUAUUUUGUAUUGUUAUUUUUAAUUUAAACCUGAUGACUUGCAUAGUUUCCCCCCCUCACCUGGAGGAGCAAGACCCUGGUGCUGCCUUCCCUCUUGGGGGGGAUAGGGAUUGGGGGGCAGGGGGAGCAGUCAGCUGGUGCCUCCGCAGCCACCAGGACCCAAGAAUCCAGCCUGGCCUGGGCCCGGUUGGGUGAGAACUGGCCUCCCCCAGCCAUCCCCCCACCUCCUUGACCUCUAGGAACCAGGCCAGUCCCUCCUCCAGCCCCCAGGGCCUGGCCCUCCAGAUGUCCCCAGGGCCCUGGUGUGUGGACACUCCCAUUGGAGCCCCACCCUCACCUGGGAGCUCUCAAGGCCCACAGCCUCUUCCAGAGCCCCAGUCCCCUUUCCCUCAUCUCCAGGCAGGGACAGAAUAAAUGUUUGUAUGGAUUUUAGAU